CAAUUCAUAUAAGUAUAUCCUUUGCUUUUGUCUCCUUGGCAACAAAAAAAAAAAAAAAAAAAAGGUGAUGAAUUUUCUUACUUCUCUUUCAUAUUUCUGUCUCGCUUUCUCUCUCCUCCCCACUUUCGCAGCGCCCACCCUGUUAUUUCAGGGGUUUAAUUGGGAAUCAAGCAAUAAGGAAGGAGGAUGGUACAACUGGCUCAUCAACUCCGUCCCAGAACUAGCUACUGCUGGAAUUACUCAUGUUUGGCUUCCCCCACCCUCUCAAUCAGCUGCAGCCCAAGGAUAUUUGCCGGGAAGGUUGUAUGAUCUUGAUGCAUCCAAAUAUGGAACUGAGGCUGAAUUGAAAACAUUGAUCAAGGCUUUUCACGACAAGGGGAUUAAAUGCCUUGCUGACAUAGUAAUAAACCACAGGACUGCUGAGAAGCAAGAUGGGAGAGGAAUAUGGUCCAUCUUUGAGGGAGGAACUGCUGAUGACCGUCUUGACUGGGGCCCUUCGUUCAUUUGCAGCACUGAUACUGAUUAUUCUGAUGGCACAGGGAAUCCUGAUACCGGAAAGGACUUUGAACACACCCCUGACAUUGACCAUCUUAACCCAAGGGUACAAAAAGAGUUAUCAGAUUGGAUGAAUUGGCUCAAGACUGAAAUUGGAUUUAUUGGUUGGCGAUUCGAUUUUGUCUUGGGAUAUUCACCAAGUAUCACCAAAACCUAUAUGGAGAACACUUCACCAGACUUUGCAGUUGGGGAGCUAUGGGACUCAUUCUCCCUGCAGGAACCGGAUCUGAAUCGUAAUCAACUGGUUCAAUGGGUCCAAGGCGCAGGUGGGGCUGUCACAGCAUUUGAUUUCACAACCAAAGGGAUUCUUCAAGCUGCUGUAGAAGGUGAGUUGUGGAGACUGAAGGACUCAAAUGGAAAUCCUCCUGGAAUGAUAGGAGUUUUGCCACAAAAUGCUGUGACAUUCAUCGACAAUCAUGACACCGGAUCCACGCAGAAGAAAUGGGAAUUCCCAUCCGACAAAGUCAUGUUAGGAUAUACUUAUAUCCUAACCCAUCCAGGGAUCCCAUCGGUGUUUUAUGAUCACUUCUUUGACUGGGGGCUCAAGGAUCCAAUUGUUAUGUUGACUACAAUCAGAACAAGGAAUGGUAUCAGUGCAACUAGCAAAGUGAAGAUAUUGGCUUCUGAUACUGAUCUCUACGUAGCCAUGAUCGACGACAAAAUCAUUGCCAAAAUUGGGCCGCAGCUUAAUCUUCGAAAUCUUAUUCCACCAAAUUUUGAGGUUGCUACAUCGGGGAAAGACUAUGCUGUGUGGGAGAAAAAAUGAAAAUAGGAAAAGAAAAUGAACUCAAUAAAUGGCUUAUAUAGUCGUUGUGGACUCUUGUGAAAUUCUACAUCUCAUUAAAAUCAUCCUGUCAUUGGAUAGGUAAUGAUUCUUGUUACUAAAUAUUUAUAAUUAUAACAUCUCUGGUGAACUUAGAAUUAAUCAAGUACCACCGGUUUGCAAUGAUAACAUGAAAUUUCUUUA